AUGAUCGUGGUCCCGCAGUUGCUCAUCAGGUGGCAGUGGCUCAAGGCCACGAAAGUCCGUGUGCCGUGGCGGGUAAAGGCGAUAUUGGGCCUGGACAGGACUGCCUUCCCAGUAAGGCCAAAGAAGAAGUUAAGAUCAAGUGGUGCAAAGCGUAGGAGGCUCGAGCGUAAGUUGGUGGGUGCGGCGGUUGCGAUGCGGCAACUCGUCAAGGAGUACGUGUGGAGUGAAAGUGAGGGAGUCGAAACAGAUUCGGAGGUGAGCGACAGUUCAGAAGAUAUGGUGCAAGAGACACCAAGCGUUCCCCGAGUCCUGAACGGGUGGAGGGUGAUGAGGUUGGGCAGUCAGGUCGGACGGGGCCUGUGCUGCGUUUGA